GUAGUCGUUUCUGAAGAAUCUUUUGUGAAUAAAUAAUUUACUUACAGUGAACGAUGAUCCUUUUUGUAGAAUCUUUGAUGAUCUUGCAACGAGAACGACGCUUCCCAAAUUCGAAAUUUAAAUACAAACGUCUGAUUUUGGCCGCCACUGCCGCCGUGACUGGAAUAAGUUCAUUCCGGGAUCGAACAAAAGUUUUGCAGUACCGAAUAUUUUACGGUAUACAAUUAUACGUAAAUAGAUGUAGUCAUGAUUCCUUGUAAAAAUUAAUGCUGAUUCGAAUAGUCAUUUAUAGGACUGUUUAGCACCGACUUUAAACGAUUUUCGGGGGCCAAGCGGGUUCGUGGUCGUGAACGCUGGAUGGCGCCAACCCCAAAAUCGGUUGAGGUGAAGUUGGGUCGUUGGGUGAAGUCACGCUGCUGAUAUGUUUAUUCUGUGCUUGUAUGUAUAACCGCCAAUAACCGCGAAAGUUCAGAAUGAUUCGAUCUUUGGCUCCUAGUCAAAGAGGCAAACGGCCACUUUUUCCCGAUCUAAUGUCCAACAAUGUAGCAGCGAAAGAUAUCGAACCACCAGUUCGUCAAACGGUUAAAAGGGCUUGCGGUCGUAACACGAUGGAUGUACGAAUACCAGAGUGCAAAGCGGUCGUUCUUUCGGCCGAUGGUGUACAAGCGACGCAACAAGUUAUUUCAGAGCAUGAAGAGAGGGUGAAAAAGCUGUUGAGCAGACCGUUUAAAAUACCGAUCCCUGGAUAUCAGCUGUCGGGGCGUACGUUAGGAAUACGUUUGUCUGGUCCUAGGAGAGCCUUACACGAUCCUGACGAGGCUAACGCCCUCGUAGUUUACUCGCCUCCCGAGAUGUCUGAACAUGAAAAAUUGAAGCUAGAUCCAUCCAAGCUGCUCGUACACGUAGUGGUAGAUCCUUUGUUGUGCAAUAUUUUAAGGCCUCACCAAAGAGAGGGUGUAAUGUUUAUGUACGAAUGUGUAACGGGAAAACGCAUAGAGAAUGCGUACGGAUGCAUCAUGGCGGAUGAAAUGGGUCUCGGAAAGACUCUCCAGUGUAUAACUUUGCUCUGGACUCUGUUGAAACAAGGCCCGGAGGCGAAACCACUGAUUGACAAAGCAAUCAUCGUUGCUCCGAGUUCGUUAGUGAAAAAUUGGCAAAACGAAAUUUUCAAGUGGUUGAACAACAAAGUUCAGCCGCUGGCCAUCGACGGUGGCAACAAGGCGGACAUAGACAGGAAGCUCACCGGAUUCAUGAAGACCUAUGGUCGCAGGUGCGUGAAUCCUGUUUUAAUAAUAAGUUACGAAACGUUUCGGUUACACGCGCACGUACUUCAUCAAGACGACGUGGGGCUCGUGUUGUGCGACGAGGGACAUCGUUUGAAGAAUUCUGAAAAUCAAACGUACCAGGCGCUCAUCAACUUAAAAGCCAAGAGAAGAGUAUUGCUCAGCGGGACGCCUAUACAGAACGAUCUGUUGGAAUAUUUCUCUCUCGUACAUUUCGUUAACCAGGGUUUGUUGGGAACCGCGCAGGAAUUUCGAAAAAAAUUUGAGAUACCAAUCUUACGCGGUCAAGACGCCUCCGCUACGGACGACGAGCGAAAAAUCGCUCAAGAACGUUUGUCAGAAUUGGUGACCGUAGUGAACAAGUGCCUCAUCAGACGUACCAGUGCCUUGCUCUCAAAGUAUCUACCGUUGAAACACGAACUAGUCGUUUGCAUAAAAAUGACCAAGUUGCAAACGGAUCUUUAUAAAAAUUUCAUACAAAGCGAUAGCGUUAGAAAGUCAAUGUUGUCAGAUAAUUCGGAAAAUACAAAGAGAGGAAAGACUCUCUCCGCACUGUCGGCGAUUACGCUUUUGAAAAAAUUGUGUAACCACCCCGACUUGGUGUACGACAAAAUAAUGGAAAAAUCCGAAGGAUUUGAGAAGGCUGCCGAGCUCUUGCCACCAAAUUAUAACACCAGAGAGAUUCUACCAGAACUGUCGGGCAAAGUAAUGGUACUGGAUUGUCUUCUGGCGUCCAUCAAAACGACGACGACCGACAAGAUUGUGUUGGUGUCUAAUUAUACGCAAACCCUGGACCUGUUCGAAAAGUUGUGUCAGAAACGUUGCUACAACUACGUCAGACUAGACGGCAGUAUGACCAUUAAAAAGAGAUCGAAAGUGGUGGACAAAUUUAACGAUCCGACCAGCAACGAUUUCAUUUUCAUGCUCAGCUCUAAAGCCGGCGGCUGCGGAUUGAAUCUCAUCGGCGCGAAUCGUCUCGUUAUGUUCGAUCCCGAUUGGAACCCCGCGAACGACGAUCAGGCUAUGGCCAGAGUGUGGAGAGACGGUCAAAAGAAGCCGUGUUUCGUAUAUCGUUUCCUUUCCACUGGUACUAUCGAGGAGAAGAUUUUCCAACGGCAGGCGCAUAAAAAAGCAUUGAGUUCGACGGUAGUGGAUCAGGAAGAGGACGUUGCUAGACAUUUUACGUUGAACGAUUUGCGAGAUUUGUUUAAAUUAGAGGAGAACACCGUAUCGGAUACUCAUGCCAAAUUCAAAUGUAGAAGGUGCGUGAACGGUGGAGAAGUCAAAGGACCGUCCGAGCAAUCGGACUGCAAUUCAGAUUUGUCAGAUUGGAGACACGCUCAUAAUCCGCGAAAUUUGCCGGAUAUACCGUUGCGACACUGCUGGUCCAGUGGAAUUUCAUUCGUGUUCCAUCAUCGUUCGCACGAGCAAGUCAAGACGGACAACAACAGCAGUCGAGGGGAGAGCAGUGUCCCGCAGUUUGAUCGUACGGGAUAAUUUUUACAAGUGAUAUAAAUUUUCACAAGUCGAGUACUGUAAAAUAAAGUUUUCUUCUCAAGUA